UGACUAUUCAACACAUAUUGUGGUAAAAUGGUCUCCCAGAGAACAAAACUGAACCUUAUCCUACUCAUAAGUCUGUGCAUUGUCAAUACUGGAGAGAUUCAAUUACCGGAAUUUUCGUUUCCCUUCAUAAUUGAGGAAACAGGAGGAAUACAUGUUAGUUUUGGAGCGGUUUCGUUCACUUUACAUGAUAAUUACUCAGUUACAGUGAAUGCUACUGGCUGUAAAUGGAUAGUUGACUUGAACAGACCAACCACUGAAGAGAAAGCAAAUAUGGGAGGGAUUCGUCAAGGUUACUUAGACUGUCAUAGCUGGCAUCAACCUCCAUUCGAAAAGGUAAUACUUGAUAGACUACUUGGUAAUCUAAAACGAUAAAGUAUGGCUGUGCAAACCACCACCCCCUAUUGGAUCUGCAGUGACCAUUGGCAAAAUAACACACUCCAUACUCUCAGUGCAUAACUGAAAAAUACC